GCAGUACAGUCGAGUCUAAUCUAGUUGUACAGCGGGCCUACGUGGACUGGUUAACGUUAACAUUCAUGACAUUACUGGCAGGCCAUAGGCUAUGUAUUCUACCUCCAUGGUUGGCCUGGUUUAUAAAGAAAUUAACAAGCUGGUCCAGUUAUUUUCAGGAGGGACAUUGUGGUGUUAGCUACCGCUAGUAGAUCUUAACCCCUCAGUGAGGUGAAGACCCAACAAACGUUGCCAUCAUGUGGGGGCGACUAACCAACAUUGCACAGAAUGUGCAGGACAGACUGGACACUGUGGUAGAGAACGUCAACAAAUCCGUGCUGGAGGAGACAUCAGAAGGGGACACCUCGGUUGCCUCAGGAUCAGGAGAUGCCAGCUUCGCCUCUGCAGCUGACGCCAGUUUUGCUAGUUCCUCAGAUGUCCAAGACCAGCUGAACGAACAGGCCAAGCUGCUGAGCCAGCUGAAGGAUAUGAUACGACAGAAAGACAAGCAACUCCUGGAAAGCAAUGCCAAGUUUUCCAAGUUCAAACUGCAGGCAAAAGCGAAGAUCACAUCGCUAACUAACCAGAUCGGAGAACUCAAGAAAGGAGGAGCAGAUGCACAUGGACAAGAAGGAAGCUCAAGUGCCAAAACUGAUGGAGCUGAUGACCAAGCCACUCGCGGCAAACUCAUUGUCCUCAAGAAGAAGCUAGAGGAGAGUGAGAAGGCUCUCUCAGAGAACUCGGCACUCAUCAAGAAGCUGGAGCACUCAGUAAACGAGAAGCAGCUUGUCAUCAAUGCCCGAGAGAAGCAGCUGGCCGAAAAGGGGCAGAUGAUCACCGAGAUGGAGGACGGGGAGCGGAAGCUGCAGGCUGAGCUGCUGGAGAAGGAGAGAAUCAUCGAGAAGAGGGAGGCGGUGAUUGAGGCACUGAGGAGUGGCGGGGUGGGCAGGGAAACGGGCAGUGGGAAGACCGGAAAAGAUGAAGCUGACCAGGGUGCAUCUGAGAGCCGUCCGAGGUUAAAGGAAUUACAGGACCAACUAAAUGAAGAAUCGUCCAGGGCUAAGGAACUCUAUGCCCAGCUUGUCUACAAAGAUAAAAUGGUGAUGGAGCAGAACAGUAAAGCCUUAGAGCUUGAACAACGUGCCCAUGAACUGCAGGAGCAUGCUAAGGAUAAAGAUGAGGUCAUUCAGGGUCGGGACAAGGUCAUUCAGGUCUUACAAGCAGAGUGUCGGCAGAAGGAGCAAGCAAUCGCUGAUUUCAACAGAGUGCUUGACAACAUGCGUGAGAAGAUGGAAGGCACAGAUGAGAAGAUCAGCCAGCUGACUUCAGAGCUUGAGCAGCGGGAUGCCACUCUUGAGGUGGAACGGCAGCGCUCGGAAGCGGAGAAGCAAGAGCUGAUCCGCGGUCACCAAGAGAUGAUGGCGGAGGUGCGGGCCGUGGCCAAGCAGCGGCAAGGCCAGCUGGAGAUGUUACAGACGGAACACCGGCGGGAGGUGUCCCAGCUGGUGGGGAGUUCCAACGAUGCUGCCACCAAGGCCCUGGAGAGGAGAUGCCAAGAAGCCGAGGAGAUCCUUGCGGGGAAGGUUCGUGUCUUGGAGAUGCUGCAAGGCGAGAUCGGAGAGAAGGAGAAGCAGCUCCUGGAGCAGGGGACCACCAUCAGAUCCCUGACUGAGAAACUUCAGACUUAUCAGGAUCAGUUGCAAACCCUUCAAGAGGACUUUGCCUCCCAUGAAGAAGGUUGGAGGAGAGAGAAAAAAACCCUAGAAAAUCAAAUUGAAGACAUCCGGGAGAAACACGAGACCGAGUUAACAGAGAAGGCAAAUGCUGUGAUAACUUUGCGAACAAGUCUCCAGGAGUACGACACUGCAUACAACCAGGCAAGGACACAGUGUGUCGAGCUCACAGAGAACCACAACAAGAUGCACUCAGACCUGGAGCAGGCCCGGUCAGAACUGGCCCAGAGCAGGACAGAACUAGAACAAACCAGGACGGAACUGGAUCAAACCAGAUCGGGCCAGUUGGCGCAUGAAAAAGCAGAGAUGGAAGAGAGACAGGCUGAAACUGAGAGACUACAGCAGCAACUCAACAAGAAGGAUGAACAGAUCAGACAGAAUGAGGAGGAGAUGAAGGAGCUGAACAAGAAGGCAGAGGCCAGGUUCAUGAAAGUAAAAGCCCAAGCCAAAGCUAAGAUAAAGUCCCUCGAGGAAGAUCUUGAAGAACUUAAAAAGGCGGAUUCCAUGGCAGAGGAACUCAGUGACCUGAAACUCAAGAUUGCCGAGUUAGAGGAGGAGAAGGGAAACUUACAACUCAAGCAGAUGGACUUUGAGGAGAACACUGCUCAAAUUGUAACAUUGAAAGAAGCCUUGAGUAAUCUUGAAGCCAAAUGCAAGAAUGUCUGUGAGGAGAAAGACGAGCUUCGCAAGAUGAUUGAGACUCAGUCACAAGAACGGCUUGAAGUGGAGACCAAGGUGGAAGAACUGCAGUCUAAGCUAGACCAGAAUCAGCUAGAAUUUGACCACCAGCAACAGGACAAGAUGGAUGCUCUCUCGGCAGAGCUGUCCCAUCUCAGGGAGCGGCUCUGCGAAGCAGAGGACGCCCGCGACGCUGAGAUGAAGUCUAGGGUCAGUGUCGAGACCAAGCUUGUUGAGCUGAGCGAGUUUAAGAAAAGUGCCGAAAAACUCAUGGUGUCACAGGAAGAAAAGAUUACCUUGUUGAGUGAAACAAGGAAUGAUCUUGAGAAUGAGCUUGUAAGGUUGGAAGCACAGCGAGAUGAAUUGAAGGAGGAGAAAGUUGCCAUGGAAUUGAGGAUGGUACAGUUAGAAGAGGAAAAGGAUGGUUUUGAGCAGCAAGCACACAGCCUCCAAGACACCGUCCAGCAUCUUAAGGAGACCAUGCAGAGGGAGCAUCUUCCCUUGGCCGAGAUGGAGCGAGAGAGGGAGGCCUUCCAGGAGCAGGUCAGAGCUCUUGAGAGCAGCAAGGAGGAGGUACUGAGACAACUGGAGGGGGACAAGGUAGCAAGAAGCCAAACAGAAGCUGAGUUAGAUGCCUUGAAGGCAUCCAAAGCCGAGAUUGAGACUAAGUGCAGCCAGGUACAGCAGCAGCUUGAAGACGCCCAGGCUGAGCUGGAGGGGGUGACGGCUGAAAAUGAGAGGGUUGAACAGGUUCUGCAAGAUGAGACAAACCGCAUGCUGGAUUUGAUGAGCCAAAUUGACAGCCUUCACAAGGAAACAGAAACCCUUGGGAAUGAAAGAGACAACCUUUCACAAAGACUUUCUGACCUCCAAAACCAGUUUGACUACUUUUCAAAGGAAAAAGAUGAACUCCGGGCAAAAAUUCAAGAACUGGAAGCUGCCUUGGCCGAAACGUCGACGAGACUUCAGCAAAAGGAGGAUGAAGUAAAGACGUUCUGCGACAAGUUUGCAUCCAAGGAGACAGAUGUGGCCGAAACACAGGUCAAACUAGAGGAGGAGAGAGAGAGGUCCGCCAGACUUGUGGAAGAGAAAGGCAAGCUGGAGGCAGACCUAGAUUCCUCCAAGAUAAAUCUAACAGAACUAGAGAGAGAACUUGAAAGUCAGCACUUGAGGUUUACUGCUGAGAAAGGAGAAUUGGAGGCUACCCUUCACAGCAAAGAGGAGGAGCUGCUGGAGAUCACCAACUCUUGCCAGCAGAAGGAGAAGGAAAUAGCAAGGCAGUCACAGGCCAUGGAGGACAGCCUACAGGAACUGUCCUCUAUGCGGGAGCAAAUUACAGAGAGGGAUUACAGGAUUGGGACUUUGGAGAACUCGGUCAAUCAGGCUGAGCGGGAAGUAGAGGUCCUCCGAGAAGGGCAGUCAGCUGAGGGAAAGAAGACGGAGUCCAAGAUGGCUUCCCUUCUUGGCCAGAUCUCCGAACUGGAGUCUGAAAUAACAGAGAAUCAGAGGACAAUCACUGAACAGGACAACAGAUUCCAGGAUUUAAGUUCUCAGUUUGAACAAAAGUCCUCUGAGGCAGAAAAUGUGAUGAGGGAGCUGAAGGAUUCCAUCAAGAAGCUCUCCCGCCAGGUUGAAGAGAAAGAAGGCAAAGUGGAAUCCUUACAGGAACAGCUGAUGGCAUCCUUACAGCUUGUGCAGGACAAGGAGGCCUCCCACCAAGAGCUGAUGAGAACAGAGAAAGAAGCAUUUGCCACAAUGCAGACUGCUCUGGCUUCUGAAAUAAAUAACUUGAAGGAAUCCUUUGGAAGCUCAGAGGCUGAAAAACAUCAAGCAGUUGAGGAGGUAAAAAAGAAGUCUGCAUCUUGUGAAGAAUUACAAAAGAAAUUGGAUGCUGCUGUGAGGAACUUAGAAGAAAUAAAUGAUGCCUUAAACACAAAAGAGAAACAGGUAACAGAACUUCACAAGAUUCACGAAAAUCUUGAACACAGUCUUGAAGAAAGACAAAAGGUCUUGGACUUGGAGUCAACAUCCCGUCAAGAAAUGUUGACCUCAUUUGGGACGCAGCGAGAACAACUUGAGAAAGAGCUUCAGGAAAGAGGGCAGUUCAUCUCGUCAUUGGAGCAAAGUGUUGGAAAACUAACACAGGAUGCAGAGCAGCUGAAUCGACAGUGUAAUGAUCUCAAAGAUCAGCUUCAAAAUGCUGCUGAAGAAAUUCAGUCAAAGAAUGAAAGGGAAGGGAUUCUCAUGGCAGAAAUUGAGCAAUGCAGAAGGGACGCUCAGGAAUCUCUGGAGAUGCUUCAAACAAAAGAAAGGGCGUUGAUGAAGCAGCUUGACAUGCACAAAGAAGAAGCAGGCCUAACUACAAAAGAGAGGGACAGGUUGAAAGAGGAGCUGAGUGCAUCAAAUCUGGAAUUGGAAACACUGAAGGAAUCCCUUGGAACCCAGGUUAUGGCUGUGAAAGAAAGCCUGCAGAAAUCCUCUGCAGAAACCAAUGAAAAGCAAAGGGUAAUUCAAGAGCUUGAGGAAGAACUGGCCAGGAGAAGCAAAGAGUUUGAAGAGGAAAUUCUGCCACUGAAGGAGUGCCUGAAAAAAGCAGCAGUAAAGGAGCAGCAUGCCAGUGAAGAACUCUGUGUCAAGGCUGAGAUGAUUGAAGAUCUGACACAGAGACUCAUCAGUAACGAAGAGAGUUUUUCAGAGGAGAUUCAGCAUCUCAAAAAGACAGUUCAAGAUCUUUCUGCCAACUUGGAAAGAUCUGCCCUUGAAAUUGAGACCAAGAACAACCUGCUAGAAGACAUAAAGAUGCAGAUUGAAAAAGGGGAUAAGGAUAUGGUUGCAAGGACUACAGCUCUGAAAGAUAGCUUUGAGCAGUCUCAAGCUGAAACAGCCCAACUGAGAGAAGAGUUGCAAACUAAAGAACGUGAGUGGACCCAGUUGAAAGGGGACCUUAUGGAGAGAGAAGCUGUGAUGUCUGAAGAGAUUGCCACUUGGAAAGAGAAAUACGAAAAGAUUGUACAAGGCACAGGUGACUCCAUGAAAGAGAUGAAAGAUAACAAUGCACAACUGGUCAGUGAAAUUGCUUCGCUUCAGAAAAACCUGUCAGAAGUCUCAGAGAAGGCAUCCACCACAGAUGCGUCUUUGAAUAAAAGGGAAGAUGAACUCAGGAAUCUGAACCAAGAGUUUGAGCAAAAGAAAAGUGAAUAUGAGUCAAGGAUAUCAUCACUGAGGGAGAAAUGCAAGAAGGUACUCCAUGAGCGGAAUGAGUUAAAGAGCCUUCUCGCAAGCAAGACAGAGGAAAGUAAGACCCUUCAAGUGGAGCUUGAACAACAAGCCAAAGAGAUGUCGGACAUUGCCGACUCUCGGACGGAAUCCGAGCAAACCUCUUCCAACAAAAUCCUCCAGAUGGACAGGGAACUUGAGCAGAAAUGUCUCCUUGUUGAGACUCUGAAGAAACAGCUUCUUGAGAGAGACGAAGAGUUCAAUGCUGAAGUCAGCUCCCUCAACAAUAGCCUGUCAGAGUUGAGCGUACAGGUGCCAGACUUGGAAGCUGCCCUUGAGGCCAAAGAGACUCAGUUGAAGGACCUCCAGGAGCAACUCCAGGACAAGGAAGGCCGGCUGAGUGAUCUUAAUGAGAGCUUCUCGGAGCAGGAAUCAAAGCUGUCUGCAUUACAGGAGCAGCUCAUGCAAGAGCAGGAGAAAGUCACAGUGGAAAGGGUUCAGAUGACUGAAAGUGCACCAAUGUUCGACAGGCAGGCAGAGCUGGAGACCGAAAAUGCUAAGUUGAAAAUGGAAAUAGAGAGUGGCAAACUGCGAUACGGGAAGCUGCUGGUAAAAGCCAAGGAGAUUAAGGCAAAGUCAGAGCUGGCUACAAAGGAAAAAGAAAGGUUUGAGUCUGAAUGUGCUUCUCUUAAAAGCUCCAUUGAGCAGAGGGACCAACUGAUGCAGACCAUGAGUGGAGAUAGUGAGAGAGAAAAAUCACAGCUUGCGUCAUUAAGAAGAUUGUUAGAAGAAAGAGACCAACUGUUGACUGGAAAGAAUGAACAGCUGGAGAUCAUGGUUGAGGAAAACAACCGGCUUCAAAUGAAAUCAUCAUCACUCACAGAGCAACUCGAUCAGCAACUUGACAAAUUUAAUGUUGUGUCUACAGAGAGGGAAAGGUUAGUUUCAGAGUUGUUCUCAAUACGGCAGUCACUUGAGGAAAAGGAACAUCACCUAGCACAAGCAAAUCAAAUUAUUGAAGAGUUGAAAGCUGCCCAACGAGCUCUCGGCAGCAAGCAGAUGGAAAAUCUGAGCAAGAUGCAGAGCCUGCAAGAGAGCACUGUUCGUCUUGAAAGCCAACUGCAAGAGCAAGAAGCUUUGUUAGAAGAGGCUCGUCUGGAAAAUGAGUCAUGCAGAAAUGAAAAAGAAACAUUGACCUCUAGAUUGGUGUCAGUGGAAGAAAAACUCCAACAAUCACACGCUGAGAUAAAUAACCAAGAGGCUAUUAUCCAAACAAUGCAGUCUCAGAUGCAAGCAACUCAGGAGGAGAAUUCCAGGAUGUUGAAGGAGGAGCUACAGAAGAUUCAAGAAGAACUAGAAGGCGAAAAAGAGACAAACAGAGACUUGAUGAAACAGCUUAAGGACUCUGACAACGGUCAUCAACAGGAAAUCGAGCAUUUGUCAGAUAUCAAAAACAAAUUGGAAGCACAGCUGAUAAAUGCCAAGGUGCAUGAUGAGGAACUACAGAAAAUUCAAACAGAGCUGAAUGGCGAGAAGGAGAAAAAUGCAGCACUUGAAGAGCACUUUGCCAAAGCAGAGAAGGUCCACCAGCAAGAUCAGGCGGAUUUAUCCGCAACCAUUAAACAAUUAGAAUUGCAAGUGGAAGAUUCGGAGUCACGUCUGCAGUUGCUGACUGAAAAUGCCGAAAAGAUGACGCAGCUGAAGCGGCAGCUUGAGCAGUCGGUGACAGAAAGCAGGGGAUGCGAGGAAAGUCUGCAGUCUGAGCUGGACAGAACAAAGGAGAUGCUGGAAAGCUCACUGAAAGAGAGAGAGGACCUGGGACAGCAUUUGUGUGAAGUGGAAGACAAAGAACUCUGCUUAGCUUCCAAGCUGCAAGACGUAGGCCAGCAGCUGAUGCAGGCUACUGAAGAGAAGGAGCAUCUGCAGCAUCUCCUAGACCAAAGAGCUGAGGAUGACCAGCGACGGGAUUCUGAGGUUAAUGAGCUCUUGGCUAAAGUGGCUCAAAUGGAGUCAGACAAGGCAACACAGCAGGAAGCAUUUGAGGAGAGAAGUGGACAGUUGAAUGAAAUGGUGUUGUUACUGGAACAGAAGGACAAUAAGUUGUCGCAGUUGCUGAGAGAGAAGGAAUCAUUGCAGCAGUCGCAAACCAGGGAAGAUGAAAUUGCUUUGAAUGUAAAAAAGUUGAACGAGGAGCUGAUUGAAAUGAGAGAUAAAAACGAACACCUCCAAAGAAUUGUUGAUCAGUGUGAGAUGAAAGAGAGUGAAGCGAAUACCAGACAUGAAGAACUGUCACAGCAAUUAACUCUGGCAACUGAAGAACUUCAGAAGAUCAACAACAGGAAAGAUGCCAUCCAGAGGCAAAAUGAAAAACUCAAGGAGAGACUGACCAAGAUCAAUGAGGCCAGGAAGAAGUUGGGAAAGGAAGUUGAAGAGCUCAAGCAAGAAAAGCAAGAAAUGGACGGACUGGUGAAAAAGAAGUCCGAAACAGAGUCCCAGUUCCUGGCCAUGAAGCAGGAGUUUGAGCAUCUUAGACAGUCAAGUGAUCAGAGUGUCUCUGAGUCGGUGAAUUUGAAACAGGAACUGGAAGCCACUCGGGACAAGUGCCACCAGCUGAUUAUGGAUAACGAAUCUCUGAAAACAAAAGUUUCUGAGCUGGAUAGUGUCAGGACACAGGCUGCAACCAUGGAGGCCCAAAGGCAGACUCUUGCAGAUGAGAAUGUCAAGUUGUCCAAAUUGGUGCAGCAGCAGCAAGAUGGUAUUGAUCACCUGCAGUCCAAGAUGAAGCAGCUCAAGUCUGAUCUGGCUUCUGCCAACAGCCAGUGUAGCAGUUCACAGGAUGACUUUACAAAAGUGCAAACCAAGUUAAACAGAGAGAUUGAAACGUGCAGUUCCAAACUCCGCAGUGUGGAAGAAGAUCUGAGCAAGAAAACUGUAGGUCUUGAGAAGUUGGCAAAGGAGCUUGAACAUGAGAAGCUUGACAAGAGCAUCUUGAAAGCUGAGAAAGAGGAGGUGGAAGUGCUCUUGGACAAACUCGACCAAAAGAACUCUGUCUUGGCUGAGGAGCUUGCAGUUGCUAAGAAUCAGGCCAAGACAGCACAGGAUGAGGUCCAAGCCCUGAAAGUGCUGGAAUCAAGGCUAACAGCAUUAGAGUCACAGCAUAAGGAUUUGUUACAAGAGAACAAGGAUUUGAGGGCCCGGAAUGUUCAUCUCUCCCAAGAGAAUGAGGAGUUCGUAAGAGAACUCCAUGAGUACAGUGAUCAGAUGAAAGAUGCACGAUCCACCGCUGCUGAGCUAAAGACUGUGACCACUGAUCUUGAAAAUCUCAGGAGGCACCUUGGUGAACGGGAGCAUGUCAUCAUGCAACUACAAGUAGCAGGCACCGAGAAUGAGGAGAAGCUCACCCAGCAGAGCACAGCUUACAAAACUCUGGAGCAAGACAGAGAGGAACUAGGGGAGGAACUGGAGAAGCUCCAAGGGGAACUGGAGACCUUCAAAGUGGAGCGGGACCACUUGAGAGGGGACUGCACUCAGCUCCGGGUGGCAGUGGGGAGAUACAAGCAGGAGAGCGAGCAGCUCGGGGCGCAGCUGGGGGUAUUGCAGCAGCAGGUGCAACAGCUGAGCGCCGAUAACGAGGGCUUGAGGCUGAAAGCUCACCAGGAGGGAACAGUGGACCAGCAGCUGAGGCAUUGGCAGGAGGCUUUUGAGGGAGUGAGGGCAGAGCUUGGAACAGUGGAAGCAGAGAAGCUUCAGGCACUCCAGAGCCUUCACCAAAGAGAGAUGAGGUGUGAAGGUAUGACGAUGCAGAUCUCAGCGCUGAUCGAGGAACGCAACAAUUUGAGUAUCCAGCUGCACAACUCCGCCCGAGCAGCUAAGGAUCUGCAGAAAGAGCUGCGACUGGCCGAGUCGGAGAACAUCAAGCUGACCGAACAGUUGGAUGACAAGGAACGGACGUUUGUCACUCAUGCUGUGGACAUUGAGGAACCAAUCACAAGAGCUGAGACAUCCAGCCUUCAGCAGAGUGCACCAGUGGCACGGGAAACCCACCAAAAUGAACUCAUUGACAUCAGCAGAAGACUGGAAGAUACUGAGCAAGCGAGAGAAGCUAUGGCCAAUGAAUUUUCUGAACUAGAGGUUAAAACACCCACCUCAGAUGUCCAACUAACUCUUGAGGCCGCCUUGCAGAGGGAACGGGAACAACGUCUGCGAACGGAGGAAGCAUUGGUGCGCGCUCAGGAUCAGAUCCGGGUCUUUGAGAGCGGACCCCCAGAGAAACCUCAGCCCAUUGCAGCAAUGCAAGACACCCAAGUGCAGAUAGACGAGGCUGCAGAGAGUGAGCCAUUGCUCCAGCCGUACCAAACGGGACAUGUGCUUACUCGUCAAGCUGGAUCCUUUGUAUCGCAGAUUGUGAGCUGGCUACAAGGUCGAAGUAAGUACAUCAACCGCAUCAGAAGGUCUCAUCCCAGCCUCCGCGCAGUGAUGAUGGUCUAUGCUGUGGCCCUGCACCUGUUCAUUGCCUACCUGUUAUUUUCCUGUUAAUCAGAGCUGGCACCAGACUGUCCAAUCUCUAGGUAUUGUGUUAAAAUAUCGAAGCUCAAUGUAGAGGUGUAUAGACAAAUAUCGUAAAAAUAUAUGCAGAACUGAUAUGAGUUUUUUAUUCAGUGAACGUGUUGAAAAUGAAAUAUAAUGUUCAUGAUUAAAGGUGCAUUCACAUUCGUGCACAUGGCAAACCAAUGUGAUGUUAAGGAAUAUCUGAUCAGCGAAAAAAGGACGACAUGUUCAUCUUUUUUGGUUUGGGCAGCAUAAACUUUUGUUUGACGUCACAAACCUGUGUUUGCAUUUAUAUCGAUUGUGAACCGGCCUUAAAUGUCAAAUUGAAAUUUCAUUCUGAUCUAAGUAAACUUAUUCCUGUACAAAAUUGUAAAUAUGUUAAUGGUUUUAGAUGCUUCCAUUGUAAAUAUGUAAAGACAGAUUGGUUAGUUGAAAGAGUAAGUAUAAUGGUGCGUAAGACUAGAUUCCAAUUUCAGAAUGUUUUACCUUGAAUAAUUUAGCGUGGCUUUUUUACAAAUUAAGUAUUGUUUCAUCCUGGGUUUGUUUUGAAAUUAUGUCGGUAAUGGAAAAUUCUUUGCUUUAGUUACGUUACCCAACCCCCUAACUUGUUCCGUCCCCAUGUCCCACCCUGUCCCAGUUGAAAUCCCUCUCCAUCCCAACUCUGCUGGGUCUCACUUCCCACACCAUGCCCAACUUUCUCCCCAACCUGCGCCCACACCCCUGCAAACACCCUAUCCCAUAUCCCUUUUGUUUUCCAUUUCCAUCCUAAUCAUACUCCAUCCUACUUCCAAAUCCCAUGUAUGCUCUACUCUCCCUGCCCCAUCCAAUCAAUGCCCCGCCUCAUUCCCCACUGCCCCGCCUCAAUGCCCCACUGUACCCCUUAUGGAUUCUCAAACCCUUAUAGGCUCUCCCGUUUUUUUUUCUUACCAUCUGUGCAUCUGCAUCACCAGUUAUAUCAAGUAAGUACUGUUUUUAGCCAUUUAUCGUUUUUGAUUAAGUUUUAGAUAAGAGCACACUUCAUAUGAGUACGCAAUUAAGAGAGUACACACUGAAAUUUGAUCUGGAUCAUAUUCAUGCAGAUUCAGUUGAAUUUUAAUGGUUCAAUCAAUGACAUAAGCAGUUCAGAGAAAUCAUUUAUCAUGUGUUCCUGUAUUAAAAGAUGCCAAGGACUUCACUCUUAACAACCAUUGAGGUUAUGAAAUUAUUCAGUAUUUGCUUAGUACAAAGGAUGAUAUGAAUUUUUUAAAUUAAUAUAAUUGUCUGGGGUUGAAGGUAUUUUAUUUUUCGAUUUAAACCAGAAAAACUAUAAGGUAUGUAUUAUUCCUGUUAGUGCAUUCCCAUUUAAGAUCAUUACCUGCCGACAAAAAUCAUUGUAUAAUGGUAUGUUUUUUGUCUCCUGAAACUCCAUUUUAUACUACUUGGGAAGUACGUGUUAUGUCAUUUAAUGUUUUGUGAAGUUUAUAUUAUGCUUUGCGGUUUUGGGCAGGAUACUUUACCCUAAUAGUUGGCUUUUACUGCCCAGGAGUACAAAAUGGGCACAAGAGAUGGGCUGAUAUCCAGUCCAUGGGACAUAAGCGUUGUGUUUUAAUAGACGUACCAGGUCUGUGUCUUUGCUGGUUGAAAACAUUAAGACUUCUGGCAAUGGACCUAGUCAUAGUUCGGAAAGCUUGUUGCAGACAUGGUAAGCUUUCCUUUAUUUCAUGCCAAGAAGUACAGAGUUAAAAAAUCUGCCCUGAUGAGCCACAUUUGCUUUAGACAAACUUUGCUUUUUGGUUUUUUUUUUCAUUUUAUAAAAUAUUUCUGUUAGGCGAGCCACUUUUGGGAGGAGAAUGAAGAGGUUGUGACAUAUUUCAUGCAUUUCCAAACAGAAUGGAGAAACCAAGAAAGUAGGAAGAAAUUGGUACUGGCGGUCAAUGAUAAUCAAUAAAUUAUUUUGAAAAUUGGCACUCUAAAAGGUAUUAACUCUGAGUUGUGCAGAGAGGAUCAACUAGACACGACGUAUAUCAUUCACUCCACACGUCAGUGAUGGCUCUGUCUCUCCUGAAGUUAGUCAGGCAGUGUUAUUGCAAAGCCGUUAGGGGAGACCAGUAGACUGGAAUACGACACAAGGAACUGGUACAUUUUCAUACAUCUGUCAGUGUAAAAGUAAUUCAUUAUUGAUUUAUUGGGGGUCUUUUAUCCAGACCAGCUAUGCCAAGAUUUAGGUUCACAAAGCAGUUAAAAAUAAACUGUUGAGACAGUACUCCCCCGGACAGCGCUCUUUUUUGGUUGCAAUCAAGCCUACUGUUUCAGUCGUGCUGUGUUUGUUCUCACCCUCGUCUCCAUAGCCCUCUUUAUUUGGGGAUUAUUCUUCAAGUCUUAGUUGCUUUUAUGUCAUUCCUUUUCCCUUUAUAAAAUGUUUCCAUCUACAUAUACAAGUGAAGUGCAAUUUUAUUCACACAAAAAUCGUGAUUUUAUUAAAUGCUAAGCACAACUUAGCCGUAACAAUUU